AUGAAGGAAGACGCGUUCGCUAGCCAACAGACACUUUCCAUCAAAUCGACGUCAACGUCUCGCUCAACCGGGAUUAUGCGUCAUGUAUCCAAUUUACUGUCGGGCAACAAGAAAUCGAGCCAGAAACUUGGCAAUUCCUCGCCGACAAGUUCCGUAUUCAAGAUACCGAGGUCACUCACCAGCCGACCUUCAAAGUCGAGCUUGGUUUCGACGUCGUAUUCGCCUUCGGUAGAUUAUGGCAAGUCCUCGAGCAACUCGCCCGCCAACGUCUUACCCUCAGAUUUGCCCUCGAUUUCGACUCGGAGAGUCGUCCCAGCUGCAACGGUCACACGAAUCGCGGUAGUAGGACCCCUCCCGCAGGACAUCGUGACCAUAAUUGUAUCCCACACUCCCCGACGCUCCCUCCCCUCUAUCGCCCGCACUUCUCGUGCGUUCUGUAGAGCUGCUCGGGUAGCUCUUUACUGCAACAUUGACGUUCGUUUCAUCCGUUCCGCUCGCUUCGAGCAACUCUGUAUACUCCUCGCGUCCCACACCGACCUCGCCAACCUAGUCGAAAAGUUCACGUACCACACAUGGCAUCCCUCGUUCUUCCAGCGUGCGGGGAAGAGCGUGUCGCGUGCAAGGGACACUCGAAUCUCGUUGUCAUCCUCAGCCACCGCAACGUUGGCGAGCGCGCUGAAGAACAUGCAGAAUCUACAGCACCUCACGUUACCCUCUUUCAACGCCUCCCUUAUGCAAGAUGUACUAUCACCCGUCCUCAAGAAACUUACGUUAUUCAAUCAUUCGCUCUCACCUGAAGAGCAGCACGAACUGAAGGUUUGGCUGAGGACACAGCCGGGUUUGCAAUCCCUUUCCCUUCCUAACCUCUUUGAGAAGCAGAGCAACGCAGACUCCACGCUGUCACCAUCAUCUCCCGGCCCUUCUGCUCCCGCUACGCCAGAACUCAGCCCACCUUCUACGCCGCCACUAGUUUCUUUCUCUGGGAACCCUUCGUCGCUGCGUUCCCAACGUCUCCACACGCUUUCUCCGACACUCACAUCACCUAGCAUUCUCUCAACAAUCAGCGAGCAAUCGGGUGCAUUUCUCCCCCUCCUCCAUUCUAUCCAUGCUCCUCCCAACCUCGUCACGUUCAUUCUUAGUGACCAGACAGCAUUGCCCACACCUCCGCCUUCGUCGCACUCCUUGUCAGUCGACAUCCCCCGCGGACCUUCUUCUCAGUCAUCUCACACCAUUCCACUAAAACAUACAACUCUACGUAUCCAUUCGACCCUGUAUACCGGAUUACGACCAUCGAGUCUCAUGCAAAGCCUUGCUUCGCGAGGGACAUCGGUCCUGACCCUCUGCUUCAGCAGCGACAUGGACAAGCGCACCGUGGAGAAAGUCCUGGGUGCAGCCGGAUCAAUGCUCGGCCAGAUUCAGACGAAGAGAAAGCGCCUUGCCGCCUUGGAGAUACUGGAGGUAGAAGUCGGCAACGCGGGUGUGUGGUGUGAUGAUGAUGUAAGUAAAUAUUCUAUUCUCUAUUGCUGCGAUCUAUACGCGGCACGCGGGGUCGUUGGCAUCAACCCAUUGGGACGUCUAAUUGACAACCAUUCAUUUACAGGUGCUCAACAGAAUCGUAUCAUCGAUUAUCUCCCGUUUUCGCUCGUUGCGUACUCUCCGCCUUCGUUACACCCCAUCCAGGAGUCGUCCUCCCGUGUCGUUCUCAUCAUCAUCAGCCGCCAACAGCACAGACUCACUACCCUUAUCAAUCCGUUCAAUGAAUACUACCACGUCACGUCCUACCAUCAACUCCGGGUUUCCUUCAGACUAUACCCUCGAUGA